UGACAGCUGCUGAAUGAGGACAGAAAGAUUGAUACAACACAUACCAUGACCUUCAGCUGCUGUCCUGAACCUUGCACCUACCCUGAAGAAAGUGUGGGAUCCUUUUUCCCACAUCCUCUUCUCUCUAGAUCCUCUUCUCUCUGAUCAACUUCCCUCCCAGAGGACAGAUCAGCCUCAUUGUAGCUGUGGAAUGCUCUGAAGUCCCACUGUAAGUCAUGGAGGGCUCUGUGCUCAGUCCCACAUCCUGGGAAAAGCGGCGGGCAUGGCUGCAGAAGACCCACAACUGGCAGACGCAGAUCCUAGAAGAGGAGGCAGCAGCUGCCCUGCAAGAUGUUCCAGACCCUGAGCCUCCCAACCUGGAUGAUGUUUUCUUGGAAGAGAGUCCCACAAAUAAGAUUGAAGAUUGGCUGCAGGACUGUGGAUUCUCGGAGGAAGGGUUUCCUGAAGAGCUCAAUCUGUCCAUCUAUGGUGGAUGUCCCAGCCAUGAAGCCAGUUUUGAUGAUGACCUGACCUUGGGAGCAGAAGCAAUUCUUUUAGCAUCCAAUGGCAAAUCCCUUUCCAGGAGUUUCCUGGAGACAACCAAGCCAGGACAUCUAUUCAAUCUUGGCUGCAGUAUGGCAUCUAGUAAUAUGACCAGUGGAACCAACAAAACUAGUUCAAGCAUUUCAGAGAUUCUGGACAAAGUUCAGGAAGAUGCAGAAGAUGUCCUCUUCAGCCUGGGCUUUGCUCAAGACAAUCAUAGAGCAGCAUCUCGAAUUCCUGCCCGCUUCUUCACUACCCCCUCCCAGGCAAAGGGCAUUGACUUUCAGGUGUUCCUUAAGGCUCAGGUACAAAGGAUAGAAAUGGAAGACCCCUGCUUGAUGCUGGCCAGUCGGUUUAAGCAGGUGCAAACACUGGCCACCACUGCUGAUGCCUUUUUCUGCCUUUACUCCUAUGUGUCUAAGACCCCUGUCCAAAAAUUCAUGCCAUCUCAAUUAUUCUGGCCCAGUACUGCUGAUGCACCCCUGAUCCGGGUCCAUCCCCCAGAACCUGAGGCCCGAUCCCCUGUGGAGCGCCUUCGGAAAGCAGUAUCCAAGAUGUGCCUGUAUACAACCCCUCGGGAUGGACCAUCUCCACCCUCUGCUUCGACUAAAAGAAAUAGUCUGGAUCAAGUAGUAUGGGAAGUAAUGGACAGAAUGAGGGAAGAUAGGCUUUCUCUCCAUGUGGGGACAGGUGGAAAGACUGCUCUAUACCCCUGCUCCAGAGUUGAGACUCAGUGGGGGAUUCCCUCACCUCUUCAAACUGGGGGACUUAUCCCUAAGCCCUCCUAUUGCAGGGACAUAAGAAAGGAAGACACCGUGGACAAUGAGGAUCUGGAAGAACAGAGAAACACUAAAUGGGGUAACACUUACAUCACUAACCAACCCCCCGCAGUAUUCACUCCACAUAUUUGGGAGGCCUCUACUGAACAAUCCAUCCACUGCACAGACAGUGAGAUGGCAAAGCCAGAGACUAGAGGAGGUCUGGAGUGGAGCACAGAGGCUAAGGAACAGAUGAUUUGGGCUAGAGAGAGACAAUUGUGGGACCAGCAAAUCAAAAAGGAGACACAUUUAAGCAAGGAGCAGGAUGCUAAUAGUUCCCUGAAGCUUUGCAGGAGCCACAGGUAUUCUGGAAGUAUUAAAGGACAAGCAAGAAGGCGGCUGUUUCACAGGAACUAUGAAGGUAUUAAGGGGAGGAGUGUCAGCUCUUUAGAACAGGCCGCCCCUGAGGAAGAAUUGGGGAAGAGCUCGACAGCCCUGCUCCAUACCAUACCUCAGAGGUUCACUGAACAGCAACGGGAUUCCUUGGAUUUGGAGGAGGUACAUAGCAAUAGUGAUGAAGAAGAGAGAAACUGGGCCACUGAACCUAAGUGUCUCUGCCCAUUAUCCCAACCCAUUUCUGGAUGGAAGCACAGAAGCUUUCUCCUUCACACCAACAGUACCCACUCUGAUAGCAGUGGCUUUGUAGAGGAGCAACCCCCUCCACUUGACCAUCUUUCAAAUGAAAAGGUUCUCCAAGGGAUCUAGUCCCUAGAUCCAGGAACUUUCAGGACACCUGAUAUGAACAUGACAGAGCCCCGGGGUAGGCAGAAGGUAUCUAGACAGAGGUUCGUUUCCCAGAUCACACUCUUCGUCUAAGAUAAAAGGAAAAGAUGGAAUGACUGAUGAAAGUUGUACCUGGGGAGCAACAUAAUCAAACCCUAAAUUUCCAGACUGAAGGAAUCAAUAGGAUAGGAGGAGAGAGACUGAUGGAGUCUUACAGUUUCAGCCAUCAACUAGUAUACAUCUGUAAAGAAAUUAUGCCAGAGGAAGAGGACCAAUUCCUGAAGGCAUCUUCCUGACACAAGUUCCAUUUGAUUCUACUCAUGCUGAAAUUCAAACAGCAUCCCCUUCUGUCAUAAUUCUGUGGACACUUCAGGAAUAGAAAUGAACCCAGGAAGGGAAUUAACCCUUGAAGCUUUAUCCCAAACCUCUGACACCCAUGAUAACUGACACAGUCAUGCCUGGGAGAACAUGGAAGAAGGUAUUGUUCAACGAUGAAGUUGUUACUGACAUGAUGACAAAAAUCCAUCAAACCUUUCCAUGGUCUUUGUGCUUAGACCUCAAAGAGCCAGGCACACAAGGCUCCCCAGGCAUAAAAAGAAUUUUUUUACAUCUAAAAAGGAUCAUAUAUGCAAUGUGUAUAUAUAUACAUAUGUGAACAUAUAGGCAUGUGUGUAAAUAUAGUACACAUAUACAUAUAUCAGUGUGUAAAUAUCCAUGUGUAUAUGU